AUGGACGUAUUACUGCUUCUGAUGAGCUUGAUUUCUGCAAUCGUGGCUGGCUCAAGGACCACAAAACAUCAGCACUCGCCCAUUAGGAAGUUUUUCUCCGGUAAAAGAUCAGGUCUCCCAAGAUGGACCAUUCCUAACAUGAGAAACCUAAAGAAAGCUCGAGCUGGUCGUCGCUCUCAAGGAUCUUCGUAUCCAUAUUCAAACCAGUAUGCUGCAUACGCCCCCUCUUUACCCCCUGCAACCCCGUCCUUCUACCCUUCAGCUUAUCCUUCUCCGCCCUCUUUCUCUUAUUCCCCACCGUCCUUAUAUCCCGCUUCUCCCCCAUACGGUUACCCUCCUUCAUCUUAUCCGUCUCCUGCAUUCUACUCAUCACCAUACUCAUCUUCAGAACCAGGAAGCUCCUUUCCAUCCAGCAAUCAGGCACAACAGUUGACGUAUUCUACAUCCUCAUCAAAUGCGUAUGCCAGUGAUCAAUACCAGCAACAGCAGAUAUUGUAUCCCUCCCAUGUGAACCCAGGUAAAGCUGCCUCCAUGGGAAAAUCAGCUGCCCACUUGAUAAUCUCAGGAUCAGCAGCAAAACCAAGCAAUGACGCUACGAAGCCCAAAGUCAAACCAACACCUCCCGAUAGAACAGAAAAAUUUGAAAUCAAAGGACGAUUUUUUAAGAGCAUCGGCUGUUGGGCAGAUUCUACUAAACGUCGUGCAAUGGACAGUUUAGAAGGAAAGAGUUCCCAGCUUAAACAUCCUUACAAGACAAGAGUGAAUGCCUUGAUGAAGUGUGCAGAGGUAGCAGAUGAACAUGACUUAAAGAUAUUUGGUUUGCAAAAUGGAGGGCAGUGUUUUGGAGGGAAAAAUGCAGAGAACACAUACAGAGAGUAUGGACAGAGCACGGAAUGCGCAGGUGACGGCGAAGGAGGUCCGUGGAGUAACGAAGUGUACAGCUUUUUAGAUGAAGAUGAUCAACCAUUGGUAAAACCACCAAAGAUAAUGGACAACAAAAACGGAUCCAGUAAUGGCACAAGUACAGCCUGUCCCAACCCUUGUGCAAAAAAUUCUUCUUCAUCAUCUUCAAAUACUACAUGCAGCAUACUGCUACCUAGCAGUACUGGUGCUGGUCAAAUGUGUGGCUGGGGAUGUCCAAUUCCAAUUCCAGCUUGUAAUGUCACUGGAGCUAAUAGUACGGUAAAUGGGACUGGAGCCCAAGGAAAAGUGAACCAGACAGUACCAGCCGGGUGUGCCAGCAUGGGAGGAGGAGGAGGAACUCCCUGUCCACCUCAAGGUAUGCCCAUGGGAAACUCGGUUUGUGGAGGAGGAGGUACUAUGGGAGGAGCACUGUGCGGAAGUCAGGGCAUAACCAUUGACAGCGGGUGUAUGCAGAUCGCGGGAGCACCCUGCCCUGCACCAGCACAAGGAGUGGCUCCUGGAGGCUGUAUUGACAUGGGAGCUGGGUGUGUGAUUGAGGGGAAGCUUACAGAAGGAUGUCCUAACAUCACUAAUGCGACCGCCUGUAGAAACCCAUGUCAGCCUUCCGGGAAUGCCACUGGAGGGUGCGGCGGUGUUAUCCCUGGUGGGGUUGGACCCAGUGGACCUGGUGGAGUUGGAUCCAGUGGACCUGGCGGGGUUGGACCCAGUGGACCCAACGGUGUAAAACCCUCCAAUGGUACCAUAUCCGGACGAAUUGGUAGCAAUCUUCGUCUUAGUGCUCCAGAAUGUAAAGCCAAGGCCGACCUCGGAUUUAUUAUCGAUGGAUCAGGAAGUAUAGAAAAAAAUGGACCAGGAACGUUUAAAAAAGUCUUGAACUUUGUCAAAGAUAUCAUUAGAAGUUUUGAUGUCUCCAAAGACGGAACACAUAUUGGUCUCAUUGUAUACAGUACUGAACCAAAGGUUGUGUCGGGAUUCGACCAGCAUUACACCCUAGCAGAAGUGAUGGCAGAAGUUGAUGGAAUCAAGUAUCCAAAUGAAGGAACAAACACUGGAAAAGCUCUCUUGAAAGCUAAUGAAGCUCUAUUCGCAGUCAGCGCUCGGUCCGGUGUCCCCAACAUCGCUUGUGUGUUAACCGACGGGAAGUCAAAAGAUAACAUUGGAACUCCGGCUCAAAAACUCCGAGAUUCAGGUGUCACUGUCAUUAGCAUAGGAAUGGGUACAGACUAUGAUCUUGAACAGCUUCGAGAGAUAGCUACUGACCCAGAUUCACAGCACAUGUUUAAAGCAGAAUUUGACUCACUGGGUUCCCUGGUAGAUUCCAUAGUAGACACUGGGUGUAAGGCUGCUGGAGGAACAAUUCAGGCACCGCCACCCCUAGGCGCGAGUAAAGGCCGUCCACCUCCUUCCACUGUGGAAACAAAGUGCAAGGCCAAAGUAGACAUAGCAUUCCUGUUGGACGGCUCCGGAAGUAUUGAUUACCAGCAACCUGGGAAUUUCAAAAAAUGCCUAAGGUUCCUUAAAAACUUCGUUAAAUCAUUCAACAUCGCCAAAGAUGGCACACAUGUAGGAGUGGUACUUUUUUCUAAAACUGCCGAGGUCAUGUUCAAUUUUGAGAAAUAUCUUGAUUCAAAAUCAAUGAUGGACGCUAUCGACAAGAUUCCAUACCCGGCUAAAAACACAUACACUGGAGCAGGCCUUGAUCUGGUGCGUACUGGACUGUUUGAAAACAGUGUCAGGCAGGGAGUCAGGGACAUCCUCAUUGUCCUGACCGAUGGUGCAUCUCAGGAUGACAUACAGGACCCUUCCAAGAAGCUCCGUGACAUGGGAGUGACGAUAUUUUGUUUCGGAGUUGGUGCACAGUACAAGAAGGACCAGUUAGAUGAAAUGGCAACCGAUCCAGACUCUAAACAUGUUGUAACAGGCGGUUUUGAUGAUCUCGAUCAAAUACUCCCGAAAAUUAAAAAGAUGGCAUGUGACGGAGCAGGAGGAUCUUUAUCGCAAAGUCCUUCGAGAGGGCUUAACGCAAAGCUAAAUAUUGGAUUCAUCAUCGAAUGUUCUUCAAGCAUAGAAGGAAACGGACCAGGAACGUUCGCAAAAGUCUUGAAAUUUGUCAAAGAUCUUGCUAGAAGUUUUGAUGUCUCCAAAGAAGGAACUCAUAUCGGCAUCAUUACUUAUAGCGAUGAAGCAAAGGUUGUGGCGGGACUCGACCAGUAUUACACCCAAGCAGAAGUGACUGCAGCAAUUGAUGGAAUCCAGUAUCUGGGAGGAGGAACAAUGACCGGAAAAGCUCUCAUGUUAGCGAAAGACUCCCUCUUCGCUGCAAGUGCAAGGUCCGGUGUUCCCAACAUUGCCUGUGUCUUAACUGCCAGCAGGUCAACAGAUGACGUUGGUUCUUCUGCUCAGAUGCUCAAGGGCUCAGGAGCCACUUGUAUUAGUAUAGGAAUGGGUAAAUAUUACGACCUUGGACAGCUUCGAGCGAUAGCCACCGACCCAUAUUCACAGCACAUGUUUAGAGCAGAUUUCAAUGCCCUGGGGUCCUUAGUGAGUCCCGUCGUGGCCACUUGUCGUAAGGCAUCCUCAGGCACUGUUACGGGUCCUGCACGACCUCCGGCUCCCAGCUCAGGCACAAAGUGCCAAGCCAAAGUAGAUAUAGCUUUCUUGUUGGACGGCUCUGGAAGUAUUGGGAGAGGAAAUUUCAAAAAGUGUUUGAGAUUCCUCAGAAACUUUGUUAAAUCCUUCAACAUCGCAGAAGAUGGUUCACAUGUAGGAGUGGUACUAUUUUCGAGCACAGCCGAGGUCGUGUUCAAUUUCGAGAAAUAUUUUGAUCCAAAUUCAAUAAUAGACGCUAUUGACAAGAUUCCGUAUCCGUCAAAAAGCACAUACACUGGAAUAGGCCUCGAUCUAGUGCGAACUGGACUGUUUGAAAUCAGUGAAAGGCAGGGAGUCAGGGAUGUCCUUAUUGUUAUGACUGAUGGAGCAUCUCAGGACUAUGUGGACGAACCCUCUAAGAAGCUCCGAGACAUGGGAGUAACGAUCUUUUGUUUUGGAGUUGGAACCCGGUACGACAAGGACCAGUUAGACGCCAUGGCAACCGACCCAGAUGCUACACAUGUUAUAACAGGCGAUUUUGAUGAUUUGGAUCAGAUACUCCCGAAAAUUAAAAAGAUGGCAUGUGACGGAGCGGGAGGAUCGUUAACACAAAAUCCAUCGAAAGGUGUCGGGAUCACGAGUGGAUCGAGCACAGGAGGAGCCGGUAUGAUUACAGGUGGGGGAAGCAGCUCUGCUGGAGGAGGCAUCUCUACUGGAGGAGGUGUAGGUAUAACUGGCGGGUCCAGCACAGGAGGAUCAGCUGUGAUUACAGGUGGAGGAAGCAGCUCAUUUAGAGGAGAAUGUAACGCAAAGGCUGACCUUGCUUUCAUUAUCGAUGGAUCAGGAAGCAUAGAAAGAAACGGGCAAGGAACGUUUCAAAAUAUCCUGAAUUUUGUCAAAGAUCUUACCAGACGUUUUGCUGUCUCUAGUGAAGGAACACAUGUUGGUGUCAUUGUUUUUGACGAUAACGCGAAGGUUGUGUCAGGAUUCGACCAGCAUUACACCCAAUCAGAGGUGAUUUCAGCAAUUGAUGGAAUCCAGUAUCCAGGCGGUGGAACAAUGAUUGGGAAAGCUCUCUUGAAAGCUAAGAAUGCUCUCUUUGAUACCAGCGCACGUCCUGGUGUUCCUAAUAUAGCUUGUCUUUUGGCUGGCAGCAAGUCAACAGAUAGAUUUUCUGCUCCUGCUCAGGAGCUCAGAGACUCAGGAGUCACAGUCAUUACCAUAGGAAUGGGUAAUAGAUACUGUAGUAGACAGCUAGGGAAUAUAGCUACCGACCCAAAUUCACGGCACAUGUUCAAAGCGGAGUUUGAUGCGCUGGGAUCCCUGGUGGGUUCCGUCGUAGACACUUGUUGUAAAGCGGCAGGAGGAACAGUUCAAGCCUCACUAACAGGUGGAUCACGCACAGGAGGCUCCAGUGAAAGGGGAAGCUCCUCACAAGGUGUAACUGUUGGAUCAACCACAGGAGGAUCCAGUGUGAUUACAGGUGGAGGGAGCAGCUUUACUGGAGGAGGAAGCACAUUAAAAGUUGGCGGGACUUCCUCGAGCGCUGGAAGUAGCAGUUCUAGUUCAGGAGGAAGCUCUUCGAUGUCAAUUAAAGGUAGAAGUAGCGGUUCCAUUGUAGGCGGUAGCUCCCCGAUAUCAAUGAAAGGUGGAGGUAGCAGUUCUAGUUCAGGAAGUAGUUCUUCUAGAAUAAUAACCGCGAAAGGUGGAAGCUCAAGCUCGGGAAGCAAAGUUAUCUCAAGUGGAAAGAAGAUGGUAAAGAUCGGAAAAGUUGUUCUGACGCCGAAGCAAGGCACAGAUGUGUGGGAUAAUCUUGUUAAAGAUGUUAUUUCCGGUAACACUUCAGCUAACGUCCGACCAGUUGCGCUGUUCCCAUUGAACGAGAGGUACGGGGCAACAGAUGUGAUUGGCGGAAACCUUGCUGGCGUGAAAAGCUACGUCACAACUGCUCAAGGGCCUUAUAAUAAAGAAGGUGGCUCUCUGUCAUUUCUUGGAGCACCAGACAGUUUUAUCGAGUUUCCAAACAAUGGUAAACUGGAUACAAAGGAUUCAUUGACAAUACUGGCCUGGAUAUUCCCUGAAAAGGCGGGACCCAUCUUUAACUUUAAGAGGGACGGGUGGGGAACAAAUCUUUGGUUAGCAAAACCGAGAAAACUGUUUGUUCACUUUGUAGACAGAAAAAAUCAAAAAUCCAUACAGCCAUUGAAAAGCACUAAGAUUGCACCAAAUCGAUGGAAUUUUAUCGGUGCAACAUAUGAUCAAAAAACGGGAAAUGCUGGCCUGUGGAUUAAUGGAAAGUUCGAAGAUUUUAAGCACAUAGGCCGUAUUAGACUGGCUACUAACUAUCCAAUCAGAAUGGGAGCUCGAGUCGGAGAUAAAAGAAACUAUCGCGGACGCAUCGCCUGUUUACAAAUUUAUGAUAGAGCUCUUACUUCAAAGCAGAUUGAUGAUGCAAUUGAUAAUUGCAAAAUUUAUACCAGGAAACAGAAAAAAAAUUAAGUUAUCAAAUAACCCUAAAAGCCCCACGUGCGCUAUUACUGAAAAACAUGAGCUAAAAUCCCUGUAUAAGUUAGACACAGUCUAUGGCAUUUUAGGUCAUCUCAUCAUCUUCAAUAUAAUCACACAAUAAACGAACCACUGAUAUCUAUAGAGAAAUUGAAGUCUAACGUCCUCACCAAAGCCUAUACAAGUUAAACACUAGUCAGUUACUUCGAAUCUCAAGGGACAGGAGAAA